GUGAAAACUUUGCAGUUGUAAAACAUGCACGUUCUUUUGUAUAGUACUUUGCAUCACUAUCUGGGAGGGGUGUAGCUAGCUAUGCAAAUGCAAUGCACAUUCUUAUUAACAUUGUUCGAGCUUGUCAAGCAAUUCCGCCUUUCAUAGCCACAGUAUGUAGGAGAGAGAGAUUGUCACUUGAGUUUCAGCUUAACAUUUUAUUUUUAAUCAAAUGUUUCAUUGGCGUAUCCCAGGAGCCUUUCAGGUUAAGAGUGGACACGGAGAAGUUAGAUAAGAAUGAAAAUAAUCUCUCAUACCACAUAUUGACUUCCCCCUUUGUAGCCUGAGACACUGUUUCCAGCUGCUUUUCAGCCUCUUAAAUCCUUGAAAGCUUUCCUAAUCCUCGUGUAGGCAGCCCCUUUAUGUGUGAUUCCUCCCUCCCCCUUCUCCUGAUUGGUGAGGCUAUUUCAUGGCCUAAUUCAGCCAACUACGACAUAUCUGAGCUGUGAUUUGAAAUAGGAGCUCGGCGGACAGUUGGCUCGCUUCUCCUGACUUGCAAUAGGCUAGCAGGGAGGGGACACAGCCAGGUGGAGAAACUUGACAUUGUCUUGACGAGCGCUCUCUCUCCAGAGGGGGACAUACGGAAGGAGCAGGGAGGCGGAAAGUUGCCGGCUUGUUGGGAACUGCGCAUGGGAUUUCGUUUCCUCCUGAAACUCUUCUGUUUCUGGCUGGAUGGAUAAUGGGAUUCUAAACAUGAGGCAGAUAGCUGAUCAGCUUCCCUGGAUUUUGCUGAUGACACAGGAGAGCUUUGCCUGAAGAUGGAAACACUGGAGUCGGAACUGACCUGCCCUAUCUGUCUGGAGCUGUUUGAGGAUCCGCUGCUGCUGCCUUGCGCUCACAGCCUCUGCUUCAAUUGUGCACAUCGCAUCUUGGUCUCCCACUGUGCCACCAACGAAUCAGUGGAAUCUAUCACCGCCUUCCAGUGCCCUACUUGUCGUUAUGUCAUCACCCUUAAUCAACGUGGUCUAGACGGGCUCAAGCGCAACGUCACGCUGCAGAACAUCAUCGACAGGUUUCAGAAAGCUUCGGUGAGCGGGCCCAAUUCUCCAAGUGAAACUCGCCGAGAGCGAGCUUUCGAUAGCAACAGCAUGUCCUCCAGUGAAAAAGUUCUCUGCCAGUUCUGUGACCAGGAUCCUGCUCAGGAAGCAGUAAAGACAUGUGUAACGUGUGAGGUUUCCUACUGUGAGGAGUGCUUAAAAGCAACUCACCCAAACAAAAAGCCAUUUACUGGCCACCGUUUGAUUGAACCUAUUCCCGACUCUCAUAUCAGAGGAUUAAUGUGUCUGGAGCACGAGGAUGAGAAAGUUAACAUGUAUUGUGUGACUGAUGACCAGUUAAUCUGUGCCUUGUGUAAACUGGUUGGGAGGCAUCGUGAUCACCAGGUGGCAGCUCUCAGUGAACGCUAUGACAAAUUAAAGCAAAACUUGGAAAGUAAUCUCACCAACCUUAUCAAGAGAAAUACUGAACUGGAAACACUUUUGGCGAAAUUAAUUCAAACCUGCCAACAUGUGGAGGUGAAUGCGUCCCGACAAGAAACUAAGCUGAUGGAGGAAUGUGACCUGCUUAUUGAAAUAAUCCAACAAAGGCGUCAGAUUAUUGGAACCAAAAUCAAGGAAGGGAAGGUGGUGAGACUGAGGAAACUCGCCCAGCAGAUAGCUAAUUGCAAGCAGUGUAUUGAGCGCUCCACUUCUCUGAUCUCGCAAGCUGAGCAAUCUCUGAAGGAGAAUGAUCACGCACGCUUCUUGCAGUCUGCUAAAAACAUAACUGAAAGAGUCGCCAUGGCAACGGCAUCUUCCCAGGUUCUAAUUCCUGAAAUUAAUCUCAAUGACACUUUUGACACCUUUGCGCUAGAUUUUACCAGAGAGAAGAAACUACUGGAAUGCCUUGAUUAUCUUACAGCUCCAAAUCCCCCAACCAUUAGAGAAGAGCUUUGUACAGCUUCUUAUGACACAAUCACAGUCCACUGGACGUCAGAUGAUGAAUUCAGUGUGGUCUCCUAUGAGUUGCAGUAUACCAUUUUCACUGGGCAAGCUAAUGUAGUUAGUCUGUGUAAUUCGGCCGACAGCUGGAUGAUUGUUCCUAAUAUCAAGCAAAACCACUACACGGUGCAUGGCCUGCAGAGUGGCACCAAGUACAUAUUUGUUGUUAAGGCCAUUAAUCAGGCUGGCAGCCGAAACAGUGAGCCAGGAAAGCUGAAGACAAACAGCCAGCCAUUUAAACUGGAUCCCAAGUCUGCCCACAGGAAGCUGAAAGUAUCUCAUGACAACUUGACAGUGGAGCGUGAUGAAACCUCUUCUAAAAAGAGCCACACACCUGAGCGCUUUACCAGCCAAGGGAGCUACGGGGUAGCGGGCAAUGUAUUUAUUGACAGUGGACGGCAUUACUGGGAGGUGGUUAUCAGCGGGAGCACAUGGUAUGCCAUUGGCAUUUCUUAUAAGUCGGCACCAAAACACGAAUGGAUCGGGAAGAAUUCUGCCUCUUGGGUUCUUUGCCGCUGUAAUAAUACAUGGGUGGUGAGGCAUAACAGCAAAGAAAUUCAGAUAGAGCCUGCACCCCACCUUCGCCGUGUUGGGAUUUUGUUGGACUAUGACAAUGGUUCCUUGGCCUUUUAUGAUGCUUUGAACUCCCUGCAUCUUUACACAUUUGACAUUACAUUUGCACAGCCUGUGUGCCCAACGUUCACUGUCUGGAAUAAGUGUUUGACAAUAAUAACGGGGCUUCCCAUCCCAGACCACUUAGAUUCCACUGAGCAUAUGCCAUGAUUGUUGCCCAACAGAGAUGGAUGAUGAAUGUCCAGUAUCCCUCAUGUAUACUUCCCACCGAAUUAUGACUGGAAAAAAUAUAUUAGCAGAAAUGCAUUUCAUACAAAAGCGACCCUAAAUGCUUCAAGCCAGGACUGAGAAUAAUGGGAUGACCUCUUCAGUCUUUACUGUUUGUUUUGUAUUGAAGACAAGAGAAGGCUUUAAUAAUUUCUCAGAAUGCUUUUGUAUUUAGUCUCUUUCAGGAAAAUUUAUAAAUUAUUUAUAUAUUAAAAGAAAGAAAGAAAAGGAACCCUAAUUUGGAUAUUUGCAUUUGGGCACCUCAUAAGAAUGACUUGGUUUUGCACAUUAAGGGCUCUAUCACAAAGAUUUUAUUAGCCAUUCCCCGUAUUUUGAUUUUAUAAAAGAGAGAACAAGUUGGAAUUAUUUGAGAGGAAGGAUGCACUACGAAUGGCUUCCGUUUUCCCCCCCUACGGUACUUUCGUAGGUGCCACUUUUAUGACAUGAAACACCUCUUCACUUGGAGCACAUUAACUUCUACAUCAAGAAAUGUCAGCAUUCUAAAUCAACCAGCAGUCAAAGUUAUGGAUCGCGAUUUCCUUUCCUACUGAUGUUUCACCUUUGUCACUUUUUAAGGAUAUGUGUACAUUUGAUUCUUUUUUGUCUCAGAUAACCAGGACAGUCGAGAGAGGUCUGGCUGCAUUUUAAGUAUGUAUAUAUAUAUAUAAGUACCACUUGAAGGUCAAGUUCUGGUGGUACUGAUGUGGAUUCACAUCAUUUGAAAGGUACCGGGAGCACCCACAUAUACAGUGCUGCAGAUGGGCUAUGUACACCUGAUUAAAAACUUAAAUGUGAGCAUUUUGUUUUAUUAUGUUAUAUAGUGUAUCAAUAAAAAUAGCAGAGGUAUCUGUUUGUAAACAGUGCCAGGAAAGAAAGAGGCUGCACUUGGGUGUAUCAUUGCGUUGGAUGCUUGAAGGGGCCUAGGGCUCUGUCUACUCCUGCUAUACAUUGAGCAGCAAUGUCACAGGAGUCACAUUGCCAGGGCUUAUUUGAAUGUAGUGGAAAUGAAAUCACAUAUUUUUUCUGACCCUGUGCUUUUUCUCCUCCUGCUUUUCCACCUGUACUAAAACACACACACACACAAUUCAGUGUGUAACUUCCCUUUCUUCAGUACCCCAUCCAUCUGCUCCACUGUCGUGGGUCUUCAGUUAAAUGGAUAUGGGGGCAUAAAAGCCUUGUCCAUUUCAAUAGCCGUAUAGAUGUUUGUGUAAAAACAUGUACAUGCACGUCAGCACAGGUAAGCAUGGUAAUUUAAAAAAAAAUAGCAAGGCAUGUAUAAAAAUCGACAAAGCUUUUCUCGUGCGGGGAAGAUGAAAGAUAUGCUUUCUCUAUAACACAUCCAUCCACAGGUGGGAUGACACAAACACAAGAAGACUGAGUGUGAUUUUAAAUGGAAGUUCCUGACUGGGCAUCAACUGAUUUAAACACCUCACAUGAGAACAUUUAAAAGUCAAUUUCUGUUUCUUAUACAGGCACCCCUAACAUUACUCCAAAAUGAUUUAUGUGGCACAUGUGAAAUCAAUUCGAGGAGUGUUUCGUUUUUAAAAAUAGUCUGGGUAACAGGGCAGAGAAUAAAAGGUUUGAAGCAAGACCUCAUUUAAAGCGAUAGGCAAAUAAAAAUAAGAUAUGAUGUUCAUCAUUUCCCUAAUCUAAUGUUCUUGGUAAAAUGCUGUAAUGCUUGGAAUUCUCUGCAGAUCUUUGUAGAAAUGUGAAGAACAUUAGUCUGUGCGCUAAUCUCUGUGUUGGGGGGAGUGUCAGAAAGUGCAUAUUACUUCACUUCACUGCAUCUACAGACAUUAAACUAAUUAAGACUGCUAUCCUAUGCCCAUCUGGUAGCGAGUCCCAGUGAACUCAAGAGGACUUAUUGUAUAAGAACAUGGGUAUAUGCUGUAAAAAUAGUUUGCAUUGGUAUCUUUUACAAUGAAGCCAUAAUUAAGUUUUA